AUGGAGAAGAACGCCAGUCCCGACACAAUGAUCCUCAAAACGGACCGUCCAGCGGCCAUCCCCGCCGCCGCGGUGAUCACCGUGGACGUCGAUCCGGAGGCUCUCAACUGCCCCAAAUGUCUCCAUCCCCUCGAACCUCCGGUGUUCCAGUGCGCGGCCGGCCAUGUCCUGUGCUCGACCUGCCACGGCGACCUCCCGGACAAGGACAAGUGCGUGUCGUGCUUCGUCAACUCCGGGUUCAGCCGGUGCUUCAUCCCAACGAGCUACGGCCGCUGCUUGGCCAUGGAGCGCGUGCUGCAAUCCGUCUGUGUCGCCUGCCCGCACGGCUGCGCCGCCGCCAAGAUGCUCUACCACGAGAAGGCGGAGCACCAGAAGACGUGCGCCGGAUCAUCGACCACCGUGGAGCAGCAGGCCGUGCUCCUGCAGCAAGGUCCCCCCGGUGACUGCAGCUACGAGCUUGUUUUGCCCAAGGUUCUGCCGUCCUCACGGGCCAGCGUCACCGUCACCAUCACCGGCGGUGACGUCGGGAAGAAGAAGAUCUCCGGGAGUGGCAAGGGAUCAAUGGGAUCGUUGGUGAGGAUGGGCCCUUGCGGCGGCAUCGGUGGCAACGUCAAGGAGACGAGCAUGUCGGACGUCGACCGAAUCGUCCAGGUCGUCGUCCGACAUGGCAACGCCGUCGACGCCAUUUCCGUCAUGUACGAGCGGAAGGGAAAGGAGGCUUGGACCGACAGGUGGGGUGGCGGAGGCGGCAACACCUGCCUAUUCAGUCUGCAGCAGGACGAGUACCUGACGAGCGUCCGUGGCCACUACGGCCAGUUCAAUGGCUUUGUCGUCGUAAGGUCGCUGACGUUCGUCAGCAACCUUCGCAGCUACGGGCCGUUCGGGAUGGAGGACGGCGUGCCAUUCGCGCUCCACGCCGGCGCCGGUGGCAAGAUCGUCGGCUUCCACGCGCGAUCCGGCCAAUUCCUCGACGCGAUUGGCACCUACGUGAAGAUGGACGAUUAUUGAACACACGCAUG